CAGGAAGUUAGCCACGACUCCAAACUCUAUACUUUAUAUUAACUGCGAUUAAUACCGAGCAACGAAUAACCGGUUGUUGAAUUUACGUAACGGAUUCCGGUAAAAACAAAUAGCAAACGAGCUAACGUGCUAUUUGCUUCCUGGUCACACCAAACGACAACAAAUCCUCUACGGGAGCUCAGGAGGGACAAAAGCUAACACACUGGGCUACAGCCAGUCGCAAUAAAGUUAGCUCAUGCUACUUCCCGGACCGUCAGUGACUAGCUAACUGUCCGGCUAGCUACUGCACACAGGUCACCUGGACUUUGAUCGCGAUGGGGGUGAAAGACCGCCCUCAGUGUUACUUUGAUGUGGAGCUCAACCGUGAGCCAGUGGGGCGCAUAGUCUUUCAACUAUUUUCAGACACAAGUCCCAAGACAAGCAAGAACUUUCUCAGUUUGUGCACUGGUGAACGGGGAAUUGGCAAAAUCACAGGAAAAAAGCUUUGCUACAAAGGCUCCACAUUUCAUAGAGUUGUAAAGAACUUCAUGAUCCAGGGAGGCGACUUCACCGAAGGUAAUGGAAGAGGAGGAGAGUCUAUAUAUGGUGGCUACUUUGAAGACGAGAACUUCACUCUCAAACACGACAGAGCAUUCCUGUUGUCGAUGGCCAAUCGCGGGAAGGACACAAAUGGUUCCCAGUUCUUCAUCACAACCAAGACGGCGGCGCACCUCGACGGAGUCCACGUCGUCUUUGGUCUGGUCAUCUCCGGCUUCGAGGUGAUAAAGAAGAUUGAGGGGCUGAAGACUGACUCAGCCAGCAGACCCUACGCUGACGUGCGAGUGGUGGACUGUGGUCAGCUGAUCACCAAGUCUGCAAAUGAUGUGCUUGAAGGCAAGAGGAAAAGAACUUCUCAUUCUGCCGACUCAUCUCUCAACUCCCGGGAUUCGUCAUCUCUGUUCUCCUCAUCGGUGGAAUCUGACUGUGACGAUGAUGAAAAGCAGAAACAUCGCAAACACAAGAAACAUGCAAAGAGUAAACGGUCAAAGAAGAGAAGGAAGGAAUCAAAGAUGGAGGACACUGAUGUUCAGCAUCUCCAGCAAAACUCUGUGGACAGACAGAUCCCGGAGGGAGAGAAAGAAGUGGAGGAAGAGAAAGAGCAUGGUGGAAAGAGAGAGAAGCCCGUUGUCCGACCAGAGGAAAUCCCACCAGUGCCAGAGAAUCGCUUCCUGCUGCGACGGGACAUGCCGUCUCAGGAGGAUAAAACUGAGAUAGUCGAGAAAGAAGAAUCGUCUCUUUCAGCUGAACAGAAACCAGCCGUCUCUAAGUCCGGACGUAAGAUUAAAGGCAGAGGAACAAUGAGAUAUCACACUCCCACGAGAUCUAAAUCCCGCUCUGCAUCGGUGGAAGAACGUGGCAGCAGUGAAACCCCGCCACACUGGAAAGAAGAGAUGAAGAGAACCAAAGUUUAUCAACCACCCAGCAUGGAGAGAUGGAGCAAAGGAGACAAAUUGAAUGAACAUUCCUCAAGCAGAUGGGAUGACAGAGGGGACCCUGCCUGGUCCAGAUCUGCCUCUGCAGAGCCCUCCUCAGACCGCAGCUCUGGGAGGUCCAGCCAGCAACGCGAGCAGAAGAAAGAGAAGAAGAAAGCCAAACACAAGAAGAAGGCCAAAAAACGGAAACAUGGCAAGAAGAAGAGUUCCCAGGACAAACCUCAAGAGACUCAUCUGUCAGAGGGGGAAAAGUCAGCGUCUCCAGGAAAAAAGUCCAAUAGAUCCUGUUCUCCGACUCAAUCAACCUCAAGUAAAUGCCACUCGUCCGCUCGGAAGAGGCAGCGGUCCUCGCUGUCUUCCAGGGACUCGAGAUCCUACUCUAGAUCCUACAGAUCCAGUCGAUCCAGAUCUCGGAGGGGGUCUUAUUCGAGAUCCAGAAGCCUCACUAGAUCUAGAAGUCGAUCCCUAUCCAGAUCUUCAUCCUAUUCUAGAUCCAGAUCAAGAUCCAGGUACAGAUCCAGGUCUCCGUCUUCAUCCCGAAAGAGGAGUUCAUCCAGAUCACCAAGGAGGAGGAAAGCCCACAAGUCCAAAUCAAAUACAGUUAUCAAUGUGACUGACAAGCUUCCUGAUAGCAAAGUCGCACCUGUCGGUCGAGUCCCAAAGCUUCCGGCUCCUGAAAAUCUACCUGUGAUCCCGAUGAGCGAUAGUCCUCCUCCCUCUCGCUGGAAACCGGGUCAAAAGCCCUGGAAACCCUCCUACGUCCAUAUUCAAGAAAUUAAAGCAAAAAUCGUGACUAAUACUCACACAGGACAAGCGGUCAAUGUUACUGAGAAACCUCAGACCUCAGUUAAAACAAAGUCUCUGCCAGACACAGAAAGCGUCAAAGCAAACAAACGUGUUGGGCGCUCAUGCAGCAGGUCCUCCAGGAGCAAGACCUACAGCCGAUCUUACAGUCACUCCCCGAGCAGGUCCAGGUCCAGAUCUCCUCAUGAGUAUCACAGCAGGUCAUCGUCAUACAGCAGGUCAGAGUCCGAAAACUCCCCGAAAGCCAACGGCAACAAGAAGAAUUCCUUAGACAAGGAAUGGGAGGAGUACUACAGCUCUUUGAGGAGGGUAAAAAAUGUACUCUCAAAAGUCGCACUCUCCAAUAGUAAAGAUGCUCAUUCAGGAGCUGAGAGCAGGACAGGCAGUGAGCACAGUCCUGAUAUCAGUGUCUCAAGGAGAAGUGGCUCUUUAGAGAAAAUAAAGGAGAAAAGCAGCUCUCAAGAUCAAGAGGCGAAACCCUGCAGCUCGGUGCCAGUUGAGAGCUUUAAUAGCAGGUCUGAGUGGGACAGUGACAGUGAUAAAGUGAGCCAAAGCAACAGCAUCGCCGUGUCAAAGAAGCAGAAACAUUCGGUUCCGUCCGGUGAGUCUGUCGACAAGAAGUUAUCUGAGCUCACUGGUUGGAAUUCAGAAAGCGAUUCUGAAAACGUGGCAGCCAAGACUUUAGCCAUAUCUGAAAAAGAGGAAGGGGAGGCAAGUUCAGAAUCGGACUACGACACCAUUAAAAAGACGUCAGAGGCGGUGAAUGCUUUGGAGAACAAGAUCGCUGCUGGAUCCAGUUCUUCAGUGGGAAGUCCUGAGAAGGCCGCACAGCGGUCGAGGCACAAGAGCAAGAAGAAAUCCAAACGCAAACACAAACGCAAGAGGCGACGUGAGAACAAGAGUGGCUCCCAUCGCAGUAAGGACAAAGGAAAGAGAUCCAAGAGGAAACAUCAGAAGCUGAAAGAGACUUUUCACUGGCAGCCACCGUUAGAGUUUGGAGAGGAGGAGGAUGAAGAUGAAUCCAAGAAGGAGAAACACAGUCCCAGUAGAGUUGGCAAAGAAUGGCCUGGUGAAGAUAGAAUGAAUGAUAAGGACCAAAGUGUUGCCUCCUUGAACAAAAACUCCAGCAGAGAAGAGGACAGAGGGCAACAGAGGGCGAGAGAAUGUAGUAAUAAAACCCCCAAACAAACUGAAACUGCUCAUCUGUCAUCCAAUAGAAAUACUGCUAACAAUGCUAAUAGUGCUCAUUUACCCAGUAUCAAAGAGCAGGAGUCAUUCGAUGAUAUGGACAUUUGUACCCCAGAGCACGACGCUGUAAAGGUAGAGCCAGUUACACAUGAUUGUUUUGAUAGUAUCCCUGAUUUAACCCUAAAAUCUACCUCCCAGUCGUCAGAUACGACAAAUAUAGACAGAGCUUUACCUCACAGCAAAGAAAAGUCUGCUGUUACCUCCACAACGACAGCUGGGGGACUACAGGAUGAAGCAGCAUCUGCGAUUAAUUUUAAAUGGAGGCCUUUGAAAGGAAUGUCAGCGCUGCAAAAUAUGCAUGUGCCACCUGUCGUGGCAAAAAACAUCCAAAGUCAACAGAAGCAGAAUCCCAACACGCAAGGAGUAAAAAUGGAGAUAAAAAGCAAUAGCCGGGUCAGACCGGGGUCUCUGUUUGACGAGGUUCGUAAGACGGCGCGGCUCAACCAGAGGCCGAGGAACCAGGAGAGCUCCAGCGAGGAAGGAUCCCCGUCUGUGGGGAAGACCAGGGGAACCUCCCGCACGCGGUCCCCGAAGAAGCCCAGGCCUGCGUCCAGGAAGUCACGCUCCGGCUCAGGUCACCGCUCUCGCUCCAGGGGCUGGACGCACUCCUCCAGCCGGUCGAGGAGUCGAUCCCGCAGCUCCAGCUCCUCGUCCAGGAGUCGCAGCAGAAGUCGGAGGAGACGUGGAAGAGGACGGUCGCGCUCCCGCAGCAGCACAUACAGAAGUUACAGGAGUCGGACGUACAGCAGAAGUCACUCCAGAAGUCGCUCCUAUAAACGCCGUCGCAGAUCAAGGUCAGACACAUACUCCAGCCGGAGUCGGAGUCGGAGCGCGAGCAGGAGACGAGGGCGCAGACGAAGUGACAGCUACAGGAGUUCAGACCGUCGGUCCCGGUCGUCCCGCACCUCCAGUCGCAGUUCUUCCAGGCGCAGAAGCCACAGUCGCAGCAGUCGAUACAGCUGAGCCUCGGCAGCUAGUUGGGGGAACAGAACCACAAAGUCUUGACUCUGUGCACAACAACACACAAGCAACUAAAGCUACAAGAGGAAGAGUUGCACAGGACAGAAGCUGACAUGACAGGUUUUCGUCUUGUUAUUGAAUGUAAAUAAACAAACCACUUUACAAGCUUAAACAAAGGGGGAUCCUAAAGCAAAUGGGUCAAACAUCAGAAAUGUUGAAGGUAAAAUAAUAUGAGAAAACAAGCUGCAGAUAUUUUAUAUGAUCGUAUAUUUGUCUAUUCCUUCUCUACUUCUGGUUUUCUACACUGUAUUGAUUUAAGUGUCUCAGCCUCUCAGCUCCUGUGUGUUUGAGGGGUCGCAGGUUAUUGGUUGAGGUUCCACCUUAAGUUCAGGGUCAACAUGAGUGGAUGGUUUCUCUCAAAGCAAACUUUGUGUAGCAGUUUGAAGAUGUAAUUUCUCUUUGUUCCAUUAGUUGUAUUAAUGUACCAUGAAUGUUAAAACAACUCACAAUUGAGGGGUGACUGUCUUUGGUUUCAUUCAAACAGUUAUGAAUGUUCAUACUUAAUAAAACCACCACAUCUCGUGA